AUGACGGUACUGUUCGCGGGUCAGGACCCUUAUGUUACGAUCGAGUUUAGGACGUCGAAUUGGUUGGCAGAACAGCUAGAAGGCAACCGGCUAACCGAUUACAUUUGCAAUCUCCAUGAUAAAAGGCUUGUCGUUUAUGUCUCCUGUACUGUCAGCAGUUGGAGCCCUGUAAGCAUGGACGAGUUCUAUUAUCAAAUGAGGGUGAUGAAGGCAAUCCAUGGGAACAUGCGUGUCUACCCAAGAGAAUCAGAGGCCUUAUGGGAUGAGCUGAAGAUCGGAGACGUACGUGCCUUCGAUGAAAUAGCGGCGUCAGGGAUCAACUUUAUUUAUCGGCCAAAAACCUGUUUCGGAGUGGGUAAAUGUUCCCUGCCUCUUCCAGAGGGCGAGCACGUUGUGAAGAAGAGUUAUAGCUGUAGUGGCAACGACGUCAAGGUUCUUCAUGCCCCAGCACGACACAAGCUCAGUUGCCAUAUACCUCGAUCAGAAGAGAUACCCAAUACAGACAAACUCAAGAGUCGACAUAGAAGGCCUGCAAAGAAGAAGCAUGAGAAGCCUGAUUCACACAAGAACCUCUGGUUUCACCAAGAGUACCUGUCGUCAUUUGGUGUAUUGGGAGAGUUUAGGGUAUUCCUUUGUCAGGGCAAGGUUAUCAAUUCCGCCAUAACAAAAUUUAGCGCUGGAUUUAGGGCUGAGGAUGAACUCUCAGGCCGAGUCUUUGCAGCCAAGGCUGUUGAUGAGAACGCAUUUUGGUGGUAUUCGGACGUUCGGGAACAACAGAGAAAGAAGUGGGAGGAGCUCUACACAUUUGCUGAAUUUGUUUGUGAUGCUCUUAGUCGGAGGCACGAUGCUCAAGAGCACUACGAAUCCUUGGAAAUUGGCUUGCGCCUUGACAUUGGGGUGUCGGAGUUGACGUCCAAUGGUGUAUUCUUCGUCAAUGAGGCUACCCGGUUUCACUGCGCCGACUACAUGUCCGAUAUCAUCUCAAUGCCAAGUUACAGGACCUCUGAGGUACUGGGCAAAGCAAUAGCUGAAGUGUAUAAGUCAGGGCGAUGGUAG